AUGCGGCGCCUCCAGGGACCCUCCCAGUCUUCCAAGGGUGGUGGCGUUCACAAGGUCCUGCUCAGGGGCAGCAGUGACCCCAGUAGCUCUCUCAGGGGCGGUGAUGGCCCCAGAAGCCCUAUCAGAGUUGAUGGCCCUCUCAGGGUCCCUCCCAUGAGCGGCGGCGUCACUAGGGACCCUUCCAGAGGUGGUGGCGCCCCCAUGGACACUCCCAGGGACAGCAGCGCCCCCAGCGAUCAUCCCAGGGGUGAUGGCAUUCCCAGAGUCCACUCAAGAGGUGGCGGCGCCCCCAAGGACCCUACCAGGGAAGCGCAAAAACUGCUGCACCCCAGGGAUCCUCUCAGAGGCGGCGCUCCUCCCAGUGACUUACCCAGGGGCGGCGACGCCCACAGAGACCAUCCCAGGAGUAGUAGUGUUCCCAGGGUCACACUAAGUGGCAGCAGCACCCACAGGGGUGGUAGCACCACCAGGGCCCCACUCAGAGGUGGCUGCACCCCCAAGGACCCUCAGAGAGGUGGUGACGCCCCCAGAGUCACUCCCAGGGACAGCGGUGCUCCCAGAGACUCGCAAAGACCCUCCCAAGGGCGGCGGCGCCCCCAGGAACCCUACCAGAAGCGGUGGCCCCCCCAGGGACCCUCCCAGGGUUGGCAGAUCCCCCAGGGAACCUUCCAGGGCGGUGGCGCCCCAGGGACGGCGGCGCCCCUAGGGACUUUCCCAGAAACGGCAACGUCCCCAGUUACCCUCCCAGGGGCUCUCAAGGAGGCCCUCCAACGGGUGGUGGCCAUCCCAGGGCCUUCCCAGGGAUGGUGGCAUUCCCAGGGUCCCACUCAAGGGCGGCAGCGCCCUCAAAGGUCCUUCUAG